GCCUUCAGUAAGAAGAAGAUUGAUGACCGAAAAGAAUGGUUAACUAACUUCAUGGAGGACAGGCGACAACGUCGGCUUCAUGGUCUUCCUGAGCAAUUUUUAUAUGGUACAGCAACAAAACAUUUGACUUACAAUGAUUUCAUUAACAAGGAGUUGAUCCUUUUCUCAAAUUCAGACAACGAGAGAUCUAUUCCUUCCCUUGUUGAUGGUUUAAAACCAGGGCAACGUAAAGUUUUAUUCACUUGCUUUAAGAGAAAUGAUAAACGUGAAGUAAAGGUUGCUCAGCUGGCUGGUUCUGUUGCUGAAAUGUCAGCUUAUCACCAUGGGGAGCAAGCAUUAAUGAUGACUAUUGUGAACUUGGCUCAGAACUUUGUUGGAAGUAACAAUGUUAAUCUGCUACAACCUAUUGGUCAGUUUGGUACCAGGCUUCAUGGUGGAAAGGAUGCUGCCAGCCCUCGUUAUAUUUUCACCAUGUUAAGUCCUUUAGCAAGGCUGCUUUUUCCAUCAGUGGAUGACAACUUGCUUAAAUUCCUUUAUGAUGACAACCAACGUGUUGAGCCUGAGUGGUAUAUUCCCAUCAUUCCUAUGGUUUUAGUAAAUGGAGCUGAAGGAAUUGGUACCGGAUGGGCAUGCAAACUUCCAAACUACGACACCAGAGAGAUUGUAAACAAUGUCAGACGAAUGCUGGAUGGCUUAGAUCCCCACCCAAUGCUCCCAAACUACAAAAACUUCAGAGGAACCAUUCAGGAACUUGGUCAAAACCAGUAUGUAGUCAGUGGUGAAAUAUUUGUGGUGGAUAGGAACACAGUAGAAAUUACAGAGCUUCCUGUAAGAACAUGGACCCAGGUGUACAAAGAGCAGGUUCUAGAACCGAUGUUGAAUGGAACUGAAAAAACUCCAGCAUUAAUUUCUGACUAUAAGGAAUACCACACCGAUACAACUGUGAAAUUUGUAGUGAAGAUGACGGAAGAAAAACUUGCACAGGCAGAAGCUGCUGGAUUGCACAAAGUCUUUAAGCUUCAAACAAGUCUUACUUGUAAUUCUAUGGUGCUAUUUGAUCAUAUGGGAUGUUUAAAGAAGUAUGAAACUGUGCAAGACAUCUUGAAGGAGUUCUUUGAUUUGCGAUUACAUUACUAUAGCUUACGCAAGGAAUGGCUUGUGGGAAUGUUGGGUGCAGAAUCUACAAAGCUCAACAAUCAAGCUCGUUUCAUUCUAGAGAAGAUACAAGGGAAAAUUACCAUAGAGAACAGAUCAAAAAGAGAUUUGAUUCAGAUGUUGGUCCAAAGGGGUUAUGAAUCUGAUCCAGUAAAAGCCUGGAAAGAAGCACAGGAAAAGGCAGCAGAAGAGGAGGACUCCCAGAACCAAAAUGAUGAUGCUUCAUCUGCUUCUGGCUCAACUUCUGGCCCUGACUUUAACUAUAUCUUAAACAUGUCUCUGUGGUCACUCACGAAAGAGAAAGUAGAAGAGUUAAUUAAGCAGAGAGAUUCAAAGGAGAGAGAACUAAAUGACCUUAAAAGGAAAUCUUCGUCAGAUCUCUGGAAAGAAGAUUUAGCAGCCUUUGUUGAAGAGCUUGAAAAAGUAGAAGCACAGGAGAGAGAAGAUGUUUUGGCUGGCAUGGUUGGCAAACCAAUAAAAGGCAAAGUUGGUAAACCCAAAAUGAAGAAACUUCAGUUGGAGGAGACCAUGCCGUCACCAUUUGGGAGAAGAAUAGUUCCACAGAUUACGUCUGCCAUGAAAGCUGAUGCCAGCAGAAAAUUGCUGAAAAAGAAAAAGGGUGAAACUGAUUCUCUAGCAAUAAAAAUGGAAUUUGAUGAAGAAUUUGGUGGUGUGCCAGCUGAGGGGGCUGCGGAUGAUCCACUGAAUACAUCAGCCGCAGCAGCUAAACCCCCUAAACCUAAGAGAGAGAAGAAGGAGCCUGGUACUAGGGUAAGAAGAACACCAUCGUCUGCAAAAUCCGGUACAAAAAAAGUGAAGAAAAGAAACCCAUGGUCAGAUGAUGAAUCCAAGUCUGAAAGUGAUUUAGAAGAGAAUGAGCCUGUGAUCAUUCCAAGAGAUUCUCUGCUUAGGAGAGCUGCAGCGGAGAGGCCCAAGUAUACUUUUGACUUCUCAGAAGAAGAAGAUGAUGCCGACGAUGAUGAUGAUGCCAACAACAAUAAUGAUUUAGACGAGCUCAAAGUAAAAGCCUCUCCAGUUACAAAUGACAGAGAGGAUGAGUUUGUUCCCUCAGACAGUUUAGAAAAAGAUGAAUAUGACUUCUCCCCAGCCAAAUCAAAGCCAUCUCCAGAGAAAACAUCUCAAGACAAGAAAAAUCAGGAUUUUGGAAACAUCUUCUCUUUUCCAUCUUACUCUCAGAAGACAGAUGAUGAUACAACAAAAUUGGACAGUGAUGAAGAGGAUUCUGGUCCUGUUUUCUCAUCAUCUUUUGCCCCAAAACAAACAGAGAAAAUUCCAAGUAAAACAGUCGCUGCUAAAAAAGCUAAACUAGAUAUGCCCCCUAAACCUAAAAGAACGCCCAAGGCCAAGAAGGUGGAAACUGUAAACUCUGACUCAGAUUCAGAAUUCGAAAAAAAGACUGCAACACCCAAAGGAAAAGGUAGAGGGGCAAAGAAAAGGAAAGCAUCCGGUUCAGAAAACGAAGGUGAAUACAACCCUGGGAAGAAAACCCCUAAAUUGACACCAAGCAAGAAGCCCAAGAAGGCUGCUUUUGACCAGGAUUCUGAUGUGGAAAUCUUUCAGUCAGGCUUUGCCUCCGAAACUGCCCCAAAGCCACGGACAGGCCGAGCUAGAAAAGAAGUUAAAUAUUUUGCAGAAUCCGAUGAAGAUGAUGAUUUUGAUAUGUUUAAUUAAGUGCCCAAAGAGCACACAAAUGUUUUCCAACAAAUAUCUUGUGUUGUCCUUUUGUCACUUCUGUCGCGAACUUUUGUACAUUUGACUUAUUUUAUGUGAUAAUGUAAUUGAUGGUUUUUAUUAUUGUGUGUAGGCAUUUUAACAUUUUGUUCUUACACCUACAGUUUUAUGCUCUUUUUUACUCAUUGAAAUGUCAUGUAUUUGUCUGACUGGCUUGUAGAGAUGUUCUAGACAGCUGUGCUAAAGCACAUUUUAAUUGUCAUGGUUGCAAACAGCAAACCUGCUUUUUGAAAUGAAGUUUAAACAUUAAAAAAAUGGAAAACUA